AAGAAAUUCCUCCAUGAAUUCAAGCGGGCCGUCAAGGCUCAUAGUACAAUUUAUUUUAAAAACCCUCACCCACUAAUAUACAGGAAAACGACAUACACUUUAUCAUGUCUGACGACAGAGUACCACAAGAGACCAUACUAGCAUCAUUUGAAAAAUUGAAGACUCAUUUUCCAGCUGCAAGAAUCAAGAAGAUAAUGCAAUCUGAUGAAGAUAUAGGAAAGGUUGCACAAGCUACGCCUGUAGUUGUUGGUCGUGCAUUAGAAAUUUUCAUGACAAAUCUUGUUGAAGCAGCCGUUGUUGAAGCAAAAAAAAAUGGUGUGCGCCGGAUUGGUGCUUCUCAUGUACGAGCUGCCGUAGAAAAUACCGAGCAAUUUGAUUUCCUUGUAGAUGCAGUUGAAAAAUAUCCAUCCUUGAAGAAUUGAAAAGUUUAUUGAUUUUUUGAUGAGUGUGUUAAUAGAGAGGGGGGUCUUUAUAUUGAUUAGGGGCCCUUGAAGAGAAUGAUUUUUGGGAUGAAGGAAAUACUUUAAUAGCUAACAUCUAUGUAUAAUAGUUUAGAAGAAUGUUAUAUUUUUUCUUUUUUAA